AUGAUGCGAUCCGCCCUUAUUUCUCUUAUCCCUGCCUUCUUGGCCACUGCUUGUCCUGUCCCCCAGGCUUCCGAGUCUGCUGGUUCUGUGGUUUCUUCUGGUAGCUGCGGUGCAGCCGAAGUUGAUGAGCUCGUUGGGUACGGAGCCAAGACCACUGGAGGCUCUGGUGACCCUGUCACCGUCACCUCUUGCUCGGAGCUCACCUCUGCUCUCUCCAAUGGCGGCGUCAUCCAUAUCGACGGCCAACUUACCGGCUGCGAUAUCAUGAACGUUAACAGCGACACCACCAUCCUUGGUGUCGGUUCCAACUCUGGCCUCACUGACAGUGGUUUCCGCAUCAAGAAGGCCGACAAUGUCAUCAUCCGCAACCUCGCCAUGAAGAACCCUCCCAAAGGGAUGGAUCUCAUCGACAUCGAGACCUCCACCAACAUCUGGAUCGACCACAACGAGUUCUCCGCCGAGGGUAUCACCGGUGACAAGGACUUCUACGACGGUCUCCUCGACGCCAAGCGCGGCUCCGACUUCCUCACCUUCUCAUGGAACAAGUUCUCCGACCACUGGAAAGCCAGUCUUAUCGGCCACAGCGACAGCAACGGCGAUCAAGACACUGGGAAGCUCCACGUUACUUACCACCACAACUACUGGAGUAACAUCAACAGCCGCGCUCCCUCCAUUCGUUUCGGAACCGCGCAUAUUUACAGCAGCUGCUAUGAGGAUCUUCCCACAUCUGGAGUGAACUCUCGCAUGGGUGCUCAAGUCCUGGUUGAAACUACUGCUUUUGUUAACGUUAAGCGACCUAUUGUUACGAACCUUGAUUCCAAGGAGGAUGGAUUCGCUAUUGAGAAGGACAAUCUUUUUGAGAACAGUGAGGCCCAGAUCACGCAGGAGAAGGAUUUUGUUCCCCCUUAUGACUACACUACUGACUCUGCGGAUUGUAUUUGUGAGUAUCUCAAGGAGAAUGCCGGUACCGGUGUCAUCAACGCCUAA